AUGAUACCAGAUCACUUGUUCGACGAAGGCAUAAAUAAUUCUCUUUUACAAAAAGACAUGAAGCAUGUACAACAGAAUAGGACUGUGUAUGAUCGGACGCAAAGGGACUACGAACAAGAGCAACGUGAUUUGUUGUCAUCACAAGAUGGCGAUACUUGUGAGAUUCAUGACCAGUUCUAUCGCGACCAUAAACUUCUGCUGGUGUUGUUUCGAGCUCUCGCUGUAAUGCCAAUCACUCGUUCAAGACCAGGAACUAUCACAUUCAGCUGGAGGUCGCGUGCUACUAUGUACGCAAUAUGUUUUUAUAUUGUUACUACGGUGAUUGUUAUUAAUGUGGGCUACGAGCGUAUCAUGAUAUUGCGGUCAAUAAGAAAAUUCGACGAUUAUAUUUACGCCAUUCUGUUUAUUGUUUUCCUUGUGCCACAUUUUUGGAUUCCAUUCGUUGGAUGGGGAGUUGCUCACCAGGUGGCUAUUUAUAAAACUAACUGGGGAAAAUUUCAGGUCAGAUAUUAUAGAGUGACGGGCGAAAAUCUCCAAUUUCCAAACUUGAAGUUAUCCAUUAUGAUCAUCAGUGUUGGCUGUCUUCUUCUAGCCGUGUGUUUCCUUCUUAGCUUGUACGCUUUGUUGGAUGGAUUUGUAUUGAAACACAUCAUUGCCUACAUUCAUAUUAUAACCAUGAUUAAUAUGAAUUGCGCUCUGUGGUACAUCAAUUGUAAAGGCAUCAAGAUCGCGUCCCAGAGUCUCUCCGAAUGCUUUCGUAGAGACGUGGACAGAGAAUGUACGGCCAAGCUGAUAUCGCGCUAUCGCUACCUUUGGCUUAAUCUUUCGGAACAGUUACAAUUACUUGGAAACGCUUAUGCAAGAACCUACUCCACAUAUUGUCUCUUCAUGUUUGUUAAUAUAACCAUAGCAAUUUAUGGCGCAUUGUCGGAAAUCGUGGACCACGGGUUCGGCUUCAGCUUUAAAGAAAUGGGACUGGUCGUGGACGCCGUCUAUUGCUCUACGUUGUUGUUCAUCUUCGCCGACUGCUCGCACAAAUCUACCCUUAAGGUGGCAGCGGGAGUUCAGGACACGCUUCUAUCUAUCGAUGUUCUGUCAGUAGAUAGACCAACGCAAAAAGAGAUCGAUCACUUUAUUCAGGCCAUUGAAAUGAAUCCGGCAGUCGUGAGCUUAAAAGGCUACGCUCACGUCAACAGGGAACUACUGACAUCGGCAAUUAGUAUGAUCGCCAUCUACCUCAUUGUUCUCCUGCAAUUCAAGAUUUCAUUGCCUAAGGCUUAG